ACCGUCGCCGCCAUUUUCAAAGUUUUGUCUGUUAGCAUCCAUUCGCGAUCGGUUUCAGCUUCGCAAAAUCUACAUCAUGAUAUGCGCAUGUUAUUUUUAGUUUUGUUCUAGUUCUUUGUUAUAAAUUUUGGAUUCGACAUAUGAGAUUGUGCGGCCCACCACCUCCGACUUCAGCACUCGUGGACCACUCUUUGUCUGGUCUCUACCCUUCGACCUGUCCGACAUGGGUGACCCUGCUAGGAGCUGAUGCUCCUGUCGGCAUAGCUCUUAGGGUCAUCGAGACACGCAAGCCCCCCGACCGCGGCAAGGUGGUGAUCCAACAGGGGGAUGUUUUUCAUGAAAACGUCGAUUGAAAUCAAAACUUUCAUUAAAAUAGAGAUGAAAGGAAUCGGCAACAGAGAGAGGUUAUUCCGGCAUGUUGCUGUUACAUUUGGCACAUUCAAUGCUGGUACCACCGCCGCCGCCACCAAUAUCCACGUCGCCGCCCAGGCCGUCGCAACAAUCAGGCUAAUCCUGCGGGAAGAGAGGGGCCUGCUGCCGUGCUGCCUGCCCCAGUGCAGCAACCCCAAGUGCCGCUGUCCUGCAGUGCAGCCAUCCCCAGUGCCGGCACCCCAAAUGCCGGUACCUGCAGUGCCGUCACCAGCUAUUAUGCGAGACGGUCCCGCCGAAGACCGCAGCCCAAACAUAAGCGCGGGCUGCCUUUAUGUUGACCAAACUACGCAAUUGCUGUCUCCAGAAGACGCCCAUCACCUAGAGGCAGACGUUGUCCAGCUGGCCCUGAAUAGAGUUAGGGCCCGCUUCACAUUGUUGCAGUAUCUACAACUGUUCACAGGAUAUACAGAAUAAACAGAAGCAGGGAUAAAACACAGCCUUGGGGUGAGUGGUGCAUGUUGUGAUAGAAAAAGUACCAUUGACAAGUACUCUCUACAGCCUAUUAACCAGAAAGUAAAUGACUAAGACUAGAUGAUAGUCAAAGAAAAAUUGCUCUUCUGCUAGGAGAUAUGGUUAGAUGGUGUUAAAAGCUGAUAAGAAAUCAGCAAACAGCAGUCUUGUGUGGGCAUCAAUUGUGGACAAUUGGUAUCUCAAGAUGUUUAUAUGAGUAUGAAAAAUAAAGAGCUUAGCAUCAUCAACACCUUUCCUGGUUUGGUAUGAAAAUUGCAGUGGAUGAAGACAUUUUUAAUUUCAUUUAAAAUCAGUGCUCUAAUGAUUUUCUCCAGUACUUUCAUGACCCACCAUAUAAUAAGGCCACUGGUCUAUAAUCGUACAGAUGCUGAGCUGAAGCUUUCUUCUCAACUGGUACAAAGACAGAAGAUUUCCAUGCAGAAGUGACUGAGUAUGAAUCCAGCAAGUUAAUUUUCAGAAACUUCUUAAGAAGUAGUCAAUAUACAUGCAUUAUAUUCAUCUGGAUUGUGGUACAUUUACUGGAAAGAAUGAUGCAAAGACCUGGAUGUCUUAUUUGGAUUUAGUCCUUGAGACCAAAAUUUAAAAAGAACAUCAAACUGAAACUUGCAGAAGACAACAGAAAGCUAGAUUCUUAUAGAAAAAUAUUUUCAACUCAUUUUUAAUAUUGCCUAUCAAAAUCUGGAUUCUUUUUAUAAUAAUAAGUGAGAAUUUAUAAAGCACAAUAUCUAAGUAAAAGGCGGACUCAUAGCCCUGAAUAAGAUUACAAAAUAGUAACAAAGAUGUAUAACAAAAUAGUAACAAAGAUGUAAAACCAAGAACAAUGGGAGGACUUGUUGCAUUCCGGCAGUAAAGGGCGAUCACUGUACAUUUAACCAUAGACUCCAGAGAAUAAGGUUAGUGACAUCAGGAGAAUACUAGGAAGAUACUGAGUAAUCUUGAGAAUAUGAAGAAAUUGUAUCAUAUGAAUCUGCAAAAGGGUGAUCAUUACUUUGUUUUUCUAAUCUGCAAUCCUAUUUCAUUUCUGUGAGCCCUGCUGAAGAAAUGAGUGAUAUGCUCAUUUUUGCAUUCUUUCAUUUACAAUAAAGUCAUUUUAAAAGGC